UCAUGUUUGGUUGGCAUGUACAUGAGAAAGCUGUUUUAACUGCUAUUAUACCAUUGUGGGUGUAUUUACAACAUAACUUUCAUUUAAAAACAUGUAUAAGCUCAUUUAACUACUCCGCCAUUAUUCGUAAGGCAAAGAAUGAUAAAUAUGGCGGCUUGGUUUCCCAAAGUUGUACGUCUGAUAAAGAAACAAAAUGUGUACCCUGUUACCUACAUUAUACAGAAUUAUAAUUAUUCCUCACAACCAAGGAUUAUUAAAAAUCCUACUACUGCCAGCUUAAAAAGGGGUACUGGUGGUCGUAGCUCUUUUAAUGGUAUAGUUUGUACAGUAUUUGGAUGCAAUGGUUUUAUUGGAUCUAAUUUAUGUAUUAGGCUAGGAAAAAUUGGAACUCAGCUCAUUCUUCCCCAUAGGUGUGAUCCAUAUUAUGUUAAAGAGCUAAAAGUUGGUGGAGAUCUUGGACAAGUUUACUUUCAACCAUUCGAUCUUAAGGAUGAGAAAUCUAUAAUCAAAACCAUAAAAUACUCUAAUGUUGUCAUUAAUUUGAUUGGAUCAAAAUAUGAGACAUCAAAUUAUAGUUUUGAAGAUGUGCAUGUAGAAGGAGCAAGAAGAUUGGCUAAGCUUGCUAAACAAUGUAACGUCGAACGUUUUAUUCAAAUGUCAUGUUUGAAUGUGAACAAGACACCUAAGCCAUUACUAUUGAAAAAAGGUUCAAGAAUAUUAAAAACAAAAUGGGAAGGGGAACUUGCAGUGAAGGAAGAAUUUCCAGAAGCUACUAUAAUUCGACCAUCAGUUGUAUAUGGACAAGGGGAUUCCUUUAUAAAUCAUUAUAUGCAUAAGGAAAGAACAGUUUUGAACUUGCACCUACCAUUGUGGAAAAAAGGAGAGGAAACUGAAAAAUGGCCAGUGUAUAUCUCUGAUGUAGUUUCAGGCAUUGUAGCAAUCGUAAGAAACCCUGAUACUGCUGGUAAAACUUAUCAAUUCAUUGGCCCAAAAGGACACAAGUUAAAAGAGUUAGUUACUAUGAUGUUACAUAUGAAAAAUGAAGCUUAUGAAUUUCCAUUUGAGAUAAUAGAUUUAACGAGUGGUUGGAAAGGUUUAUAUUCUAUGCUUAAAGUUAAUCUUAGAGAACCAUUUUAUUCAAUACAUCCUACUUUGGAUUUAUUAUAUGAAUCAUUGGAAUUUCAUCAUACUAGUGAUAAUAUAGAUCCCAGUUUACCAACUUUAGAAGAUUUAGGAAUAACACCAAUUGAGUUUGAAAAACUUCUUGAAUGGAAUCUAUCACCACAUAUGGAUAAUGUUAAACUAAAAAAAUUCCAAGAAGUAAUACCAUUCAAUACGCAGUCUAUUUUAAAAUGAAAUGUUUAUAUUUAAAGAUGGUAGAAGGAUUUAAAUAAAGGAUUAAUAUAAAGGUA